UGCUGUUCUUGUUGCUGUUGGCAUGUAGAAUAGUAGAAAAAAAAUCAAAGUUUUGUGGCUUCUGUGGACUUUUGUUUUAGUGCAAAAGACAAAGUGCCACCCCUCUCUUCUUUUCUCACUUUUUCUACAUUCUUGGGUCAUUGAUUAUCCAUCAAAAUCUCUUCUUUUUAAGUGGGUGGGAGAGUUUCACUUGGCUUCUUUCUCAUGGAGUGUAAUGAAUUUGUGUAUGGUGAAAUUCUUUGAUUCCACAGUCAACAGUAGAAGUGGAUGUGUGUUCUUUGUUGAGCUGUUUUGAAGCUUAAUUCUAGUUUGGGGCUUUUCUUCUUAAAGCACUUUGUUGAAAUUCGGCUGAAAGUUGCUUGAAAAUGGCACAGAAAAUGGAAAUAGUGAGCACAUCUGGUCAUCAUUGAUUGUGACAGCACGGCUCAAAACACAUACUUUCUCAUAGUUUUGUGUUGGAAGAGCCAAGCUAUGGUUGUUUUCAUGCUCCUUAGUGCAACAGGGCCACCGAUCAAAAGAAGAGCGGGUUUGAGAAUUAAACAAGCGGGUAGGGGUUCAUACAGAGGAAGCUAGGUGUGUGUUUCAGGUUAUUAGUGGGUUUGUCUUUUGUGUUUCUUCUUUGUUUUGCAUAGUCCUGGAAAGUAGAACAGAUGGAAGCCACUUCUAUAACGCAGUUGUUGAAGGGCUUUUGUGAUCACACACAGUGGAAAUAUGCUGUCUUUUGGAAACUUGACCACCAUUUUCCUAUGACUUUGGCCUGGGAAAAUGGUUACCAGAAGAAAGAUGCUGAGAAAAGUACGUGGGGUGACAUCAAUUUCCAAUCCUCGAAUGAGUUACAUUCUUCAAGCGGUGAAAAUACUGAUUAUUCAGGAGAUUAUUCGGCUCAACUACUCAUGAUUGAAAUGUCUCAUCGUAAAUACAGUUUGGGAGAAGGGGUUGUUGGCAAAAUAGCUCUCGCAAGGGAUCAUUUGUGGGUUUCCUGUGAUGAUAUUCUCACCAGUAAAUUUGACACUGAUUUAAUCCCUGAGUGUCCUGAUGAGUGGAUUCUUCAAUUUGCAUGUGGUAUCAAGACCAUUGUCCUGGUACCAGUUCUUUCGCUAGGGGUUUUGCAGUUCGGUUCAGUUGAAGCGGUUGCUGAAGACCUGGAAUUUGUUACCAAUAUAAAGGAGAAAUUCCAUUCCAUUCAAUGCUUGGAAGCAAAUGCUACACCUUUAAAUUUGGGGACUGAUUAUCAAGAUUGGUCAUUCUCAGACCUGAUGCAUAAUUUGAUGGAUAGCUUGGACGACUCGUCUUCUGUUACAAAAUGUGUAUUGAAAAGUGAAGUCUCAACUAGCACUGCUGCACUCAAUUAUCAGGAUGAUGAUGGUUGCUUGUCUAGAGAAAACAUAUUGAAGUCUCUGAAAAGAAAAAAUGAAAAUGAGAUAGGUUCCUCUUCCAUUGACAUGUCAACUGUUGCAAGGCAUAUUUGUAAGGUGGAGACAAAACCAAAUCAUAUGGAAGAAGAGAUAUGGUCCUGGUCUCACUUGGCCAAUAAUGUGGGAGUAUUUGGAGAGAUGUCAAAUAGAUUGGAGUAUUUCUCUGCUAAAAAUUUGGCAAAGAAACAAUUUGGAGGCACUGAAACCAGUGAUGAUGAUACUAAGAAUGUGAGUGACUUCACUUUUCCCUCACAGUCUGAAUUGCACAAAGCACUUGGAUCAGUUUCGUAUGGAGAGACAGGCAAAUCUAUGUCAAAAUAUGUCUCUGUUGAGGAUACUUACAGUACCCAAACUCUGGUAACCAAUAAAAGAGAGCAUGAUCAUUUUAAAGGGUUUGAGUUUCCCAAUGAUAUUGAUCCAGAAUAUCUUUUAGAUGCUAUUGUUGGCAAUUUAUGCAGUGCCUCUGAUGAUACUUCAAGUAUAUCUGACAGUGUCAGGUCUCUUACAACCAUACAAACAGUGUUUAGCGGUUCCAUUCAGCUAAAAGAUAAUUCAGAAGAAAAAACUUUGGUUGUGGAUAAGUCAGAUGUGAAAAAUGAUUUUGUACCUGCAGUUAUGGUCAAGGGCAAAGAUGAAUUUUCGACCCAUUUUACAUCAUCUUUUGAUGGAAAUGCAAGCUUAUUGAUCGAGGCACGACUGGAAAAUGCUACUAGUCAUAUACAGCCUAAUUGUGGACCAAAGCACUCUGGCACAGGAAAAAGAAGAACAAAAGGUGGUAACAACCCAAAGUCAAGGCCAAGAGAUAGACAGCUGAUCAUGGACAGGAUGAAGGAGUUGAGAGAACUUGUCCCAGAUGGUGGUAGGUGUAGCAUUGACAAUCUCUUGGAACGGACCAUAAAGCACAUGCUGUACUUGAGAAAGAUAACAAACCAGGCUGAGAAACUGAAACGAUUUGCCAAUCAGGUGGUUCCUGAGUGCAAAAGACAGAAAAUCAAUGGUAGCCAACCAGGAAGAAGCUGUGCGUUUGACUUCGAAAGUGAACUAGCAUGGCCUAUAGUCAUAGAAGAUCUGGAAUGCUCAGGGCACAUGCUCAUAGAGAUGAUAUGCAAUGAGCAUGGACUUUUCUUGGAGAUUGCUCAAGUGAUCCGAAAGCUGGAUGUUACCAUCUUAAAAGGGAUCUUGGAAAAUCGUUCAAGCAACAACUGGGCUUGUUUCAUUGUUGAGGUUCCAAGAGGUUUUCACAGAAUGGAUGUUCUAUGUCCUUUACUGCAUCUUCUGCAGCUUAGGAGAAACCCUUGUCUCAUGUAAAAGCUGACUCUCCCAUGCCAUUCCCAAGUUUCAAACGGCAACUUGUGUUGAAAGAAGUUACAAUAUUUAAGAGGGACUUGAGUGUGUAAUGGUGUAAAUGAUUGUUUAUACCCUCAUUAGUUUACUUGCAGCAUAUUGGUGUUAUGAUAAGCUAGUACCUAAAUAUGUAAACAAGGACGCUUUAGGGGUGCUACUAGCUGCGAAAGAAUAUCCCUAGCAGCUAGCUUUGAACUUUCUGGUGUGGCAUUGUGACUUAAAUAGAGAAUGAGAAUUGUUUGCUACAAAAGUAGAGCUAGCAGUAUACAAAAAGGCUAUAAGUGCGUGAAAGUGAAUGCUAUAAUUUUAGAGUUACUGUGGCUCAAA